CCCUCAACGCCCCCUCAGAAGCCUUCCCCCGGAGAAGUGCCCCCCCUGAGCUCCUCCCCCUCCCGAGCUGCUCCCCUGCCCGCCCCCGCCCUGCCAUGGGUCUGGGGGCCGGCCCUCCCCGGGGAGGGUGGUCGCUGCCGCUCCUGGUGGCCGUGGCAGCUGGGGUGGCUCCGGUGUGGGCCUCCCACUCUUCUCAUCUUCCGCGGCCUCACCCGCGGGUCCACCCGCACCCCUCCUCAGAACGGCGAGCAGUGUACAUCGGGGCGCUGUUUCCCAUGAGUGGGGGCUGGCCAGGGGGCCAGGCCUGCCAGCCGGCGGUGGAGAUGGCGCUGGAGGACGUGAAUAGCCGCAGGGACAUCCUGCCGGACUAUGAGCUUAAGCUCAUCCACCACGACAGCAAGUGUGAUCCAGGUCAAGCUACGAAGUACCUGUACGAGCUUCUCUACAAUGACCCUAUCAAGAUCAUCCUUAUGCCCGGCUGCAGCUCUGUCUCUACGCUUGUGGCUGAGGCUGCCAGGAUGUGGAACCUCAUUGUGCUUUCUUAUGGCUCGAGCUCACCGGCUCUGUCAAACCGGCAGCGCUUUCCUACAUUCUUCCGAACUCAUCCGUCAGCUACACUCCACAAUCCUACCCGAGUGAAACUCUUUGAAAAGUGGGGCUGGAAGAAGAUUGCUACCAUUCAGCAGACCACUGAGGUCUUCACAUCGACCCUGGAUGACCUAGAGGAACGAGUGAAGGAGGCCGGAAUUGAGAUUACUUUCCGUCAGAGUUUCUUCUCAGAUCCAGCUGUGCCUGUCAAAAACCUUAAGCGCCAGGAUGCCCGAAUCAUCGUGGGACUUUUCUAUGAAACUGAAGCCCGAAAAGUCUUCUGUGAGGUAUACAAAGAACGUCUCUUUGGGAAGAAGUAUGUCUGGUUUCUCAUUGGGUGGUAUGCUGACAAUUGGUUCAAGACCUAUGACCCAUCUAUCAACUGCACUGUGGAUGAGAUGACGGAGGCAGUUGAAGGCCACAUUACCACUGAGAUUGUCAUGCUGAACCCUGCAAAUACACGCAGCAUUUCCAACAUGACAUCCCAGGAAUUUGUGGAGAAGCUGACCAAACGACUAAAACGACACCCUGAGGAGACAGGAGGCUUUCAGGAGGCACCACUGGCCUAUGAUGCUAUCUGGGCCUUAGCAUUGGCCCUGAAUAAAACCUCUGGAGGGGGUGGCCGUUCAGGUGUGCGCCUGGAAGACUUCAAUUACAACAACCAGACCAUUACUGAUCAAAUCUACCGGGCAAUGAACUCCUCAUCCUUUGAGGGUGUCUCUGGUCAUGUGGUAUUUGAUGCCAGUGGUUCUCGAAUGGCAUGGACACUUAUCGAGCAGCUACAGGGUGGCAGCUACAAGAAGAUUGGCUACUAUGACAGCACUAAGGAUGAUCUUUCCUGGUCCAAAACUGAUAAGUGGAUUGGAGGGUCCCCCCCAGCUGACCAGACCCUGGUCAUCAAGACAUUCCGCUUCCUGUCACAGAAACUCUUUAUCUCCGUCUCAGUUCUCUCCAGUCUGGGCAUUGUCCUAGCUGUUGUUUGUCUGUCUUUUAACAUCUACAACUCUCAUGUUCGUUAUAUCCAGAAUUCGCAGCCCAACCUGAACAAUUUGACAGCUGUGGGCUGCUCGCUGGCACUCGCUGCUGUCUUCCCACUUGGACUGGAUGGCUAUCACAUUGGGAGAAACCAGUUCCCUUUCGUCUGCCAGGCCCGCCUCUGGCUCCUGGGUUUGGGUUUUAGUUUGGGCUAUGGCUCCAUGUUCACCAAGAUCUGGUGGGUCCAUACAGUCUUCACAAAGAAGGAGGAAAAGAAGGAGUGGAGGAAGACCCUAGAGCCCUGGAAGCUGUAUGCUACAGUGGGCCUGCUGGUGGGCACGGACAUCCUGACUCUUGCUAUAUGGCAGAUUGUGGAUCCCUUACACCGGACCAUUGAGACUUUCGCCAAGGAGGAACCAAAGGAAGAUAUUGAUGUAUCUAUUCUGCCACAGCUGGAGCACUGCAGCUCCAAAAAGAUGAAUACAUGGCUUGGCAUUUUCUAUGGUUACAAGGGUCUGCUUCUGCUACUGGGCAUCUUUCUUGCUUAUGAAACCAAGAGUGUUUCCACUGAGAAAAUCAAUGAUCACCGGGCUGUUGGCAUGGCCAUCUACAAUGUAGCGGUCCUGUGCCUCAUCACUGCCCCUGUCACCAUGAUCCUAUCCAGUCAGCAGGAUGCAGCCUUUGCCUUCGCCUCCCUAGCCAUAGUUUUCUCCUCUUAUAUUACUCUGGUUGUGCUCUUCGUGCCCAAGAUGCGUAGACUGAUCACUCGAGGAGAAUGGCAGUCGGAGGCACAAGACACCAUGAAGACAGGAUCAUCUACCAAUAAUAAUGAAGAAGAGAAGUCCCGGCUGUUGGAAAAGGAGAACCGUGAACUGGAGAAGAUCAUUGCUGAGAAAGAGGAACGUGUCUCAGAACUGCGCCAUCAGCUCCAGUCACGACAGCAGCUCCGUUCACGCCGCCACCCUUCCACACCCCCUGACUCCUCUGGGGGCCUUUCCAGGGGGCCUCCUGAACCCCCUGACCGGCUUAGCUGUGAUGGCAGUAGAGUCCAUUUGCUUUACAAGUAAGGGGGGUAUGUGAGGAGUACAGCCAGCAGGGGGGAAGUGGGGAGGGACAAGAGGAGAGCAGGGAACAAGAAGAAUCGGAAGUGGGGAGGGAAAAGGCGAGAGUAGGGAGCAAGAAGAAUCUUUACCCCCAGAUGGAAAGAACAUAUCACAUUCUAUCUCUUGUAAAUAUGUGCCUCACUGUGAGUCCUAGGGCUAUCUGGGUUUCCAGUCCACUGGCA